CGUCUCACAUUCAGCUUGGUGCUUUUUGUUUCUUUAUAUUGAGUUGGAGUUACAUUGGAUGAAAAUAUAUAGGCGAAUUGGGUGAAAAACAAAUCAAAAUUUAUGGAACAAUACAACAUAAUAAGAGAUGUGUAGAAGUCAUUAUUGAUAUAAAUGUAAACAGUGACCUGGUUUAUUAAUUCAUAAUAUUGGAAAACAAAAUGCUCCAUAUUUCAAAGUGCAAAUAGCAUGAUGGCCCUACAGACUGUGCAUGAGACUUGUGCAUUAUGGUCCAAGUGCAAUGGCAGUUAAGAAGCUCAUUUGAUUUAGUGUGCUUUUCUUAUUCUGUACAGAAAGACUUGUAAGAUUCAGCAAAUGUUUUUUGUAGGGUGAGAAGUGACUGGGGCUAUGGAGGACAAACGGAGGCGGGCACGUGUGCAGGGAGCUUGGGCUGGACCCACCAGACGUAUUCCUCAAGCAGCCCCCCCAGCUAGGCCAUAUCAGUGGUGUAAGGAGCAGCCUUCCCAAGAGAAACAAUUUGUUUACAAAGAACCAACAGAGGUGGCUCGUCGGGUGCCAGAACCCCGGUUGAUUGAUGUGGCUGGUGUCCAUGAGCUCAGUGUAUCUCCUGCGGGAGUUUCCAGGGUACAUCUCUUCCCUUUGUUUAUAGACUCCAGCGAAGCUGACUGGAUGUUUGAGCAGUUGCUCCAGGAGGUCUCAUGGGGCCAGAAGACAAACAUGGGGCCUGAUGGACCUUACCAAGAACCACGCCUCACCUCUUGGUAUGGGGAAGUUGCCUAUACUUACUCUCGCUCUACAAUACAGCCCAACCCUCACUGGCAUCCCUUGCUCACAAUGCUGAAGGACCGCAUUGAAGAAGUGACUGGUUACACAUUUAAUGCACUGUUUUGCAACCUGUACAGACAUGAUAAGGACAGUAUAGAUUGGCAUAGUGAUGAUGAACCAGCCCUUGGUAGGAAUCCCGUUAUUGCAUCUCUCAGCCUUGGGGAUACUCGCAUCUUUCAGAUGAGAAGAAAGCCGUCUCCGGAGGAUGGUGGAGACUACACAUAUGUGGAACGUGUACAUGUUCCAUUGGCCCACGGUACGCUGCUGCUUAUGGAAGGAGCAACACAGGAAGACUGGCAGCACCGUGUGCCCAAAGAAUAUCAUGACCGAAAACCCAGAAUAAACCUUACCUUCCGCACUAUGUUUCCCGAGACAGAGGGUCAGCAUCAAUGAGUGGCUUCUGGGCUACCUCGUAUGGAAUGGAGAGCAACUGUGUUAAGACUAAAGGCCCCUCAACUAAAAAAUAAAACACAUAGAGUUCAUAUACUAAAAGGGGUUUAUCAUGUGAUUAUACCUCACUGCUUAACUACCUAUAAAAACACAAAAACACUUGUAUAUUAGUGUGUUACACAUAAGUGUUCCUGCUAAAUAGGCUUCAGGACCCCUAAAUUAUUGAAAGCUAGUGGUCUGGAUCCAUAGUAAUAGUGUUUACUUGGAUCCUGAAACAGUAUGGGUCUAUCAAUGUUAUCAUUAUGUUGUAUUUUUUUUCUUGCCAAGGAAUGGGCCUUUUUGAACUUUAUUUAAGCAGCAACCAAAUUCUAGAAGCAAAUUUAACUUAAAGUGACUGAUUGUCUUUUGAUUCCUCCUGGGUAAUUAUUCCCAUAACCACCACAUAGGACAAUGCAAUUCAGUUUGUUGUAUCCACAUGCUUAACCUGGUUUAAAGGGGCACUGAAUUCCGUGGUUGCUAUUGUUCCUUAAGAUUAAUUUAUUAUUAUCUUUCGUACAUAUUUUGUCUUUAAAAAUAUAAUGAAAUAAAAUUUAGUUUGAGCUUCUUUACUAAA